AACAUUAAGAAUUUCUUGCAUUUAUAAAAACAAGACGAUUGUAUAGAACCUAAGCCAAUAUUCCAAGGCCGGCUUUAUCUUUGUCUCUAGACUUUAUAGUCUGAAUUAAUUAAAGUCAUAGUGAACACAUUUCUCUAUAUCUAUGGACAAUGGUGAUGAGCCUCUGUUGCAUGGCAAAAUCGGUACCAUACUAAUAGCCAUGGGUUCAGCCAGUUUCCUGGUCACAAUAUUCCAUCUCGUAAUCCUUUGCCGCACCCACCGCCAGGUGGCGAACAACCAAAAUUCAGAACAAGAAGAAGCCCUAGGGCGGCGCACGGGAGAGAACGCUCGGGUGCCGCACCUGAUUCCAGCCCAGAAGUACGAAAAGAAGAAGAAAAGUGAUGGUAACGAGGGUGAUGAAACAUGUGCUGUGUGCUUGGAAGAGUUCGAAGAGGGUGAAGAGUUGAGGAGGCUUCCGGAAUGCAUGCACUUUUUCCACGUGGCGUGCAUAGACGCGUGGCUCUACUCCCAUUCCAACUGUCCCGUUUGCCGGGUCCACGCCACGCCCUCGCCGGCGUUGAAUGCGCAACACACCAUAGAUAUCAUGCAAAUAGCUCGCGUUCAAAAUGGCUCUGCACGACUUGAAAUAAUAUUGACCUGAAAUAUCUGCAUGUCAUCUUCUUAAUCCAACCCAAUGUAAAUCUAUAAGAUAAUUAAGAGCCAUGAACUGA